AAAAUGAGUGAUCAAGCAUCCAAUAAUAACGUGAUCACAAUCCAAUCGUCUGAUUAUUCGAAAAUCGAUUCUGAAUCAAUCGAAACCGCAGAUGUUUAUUCAACUCCACCGAAUGAACUCAAUUAUGAGUUGAUGAGCGAUAUUCAUGGAUCUAAGCACGAUAGCGAUUCGCCAAUGCCCAAUGAUCGAGUGACAUUCCAAUCUGAUCUUCACAAUACUAAUCAGUCUAAUAAUGUAUGUGCAAUGCAGUGCCACGACGCGAGAUCGGAGCUCGAUUCUGAGCUCAAAACUAAUGAGAACGAUUUUGAGAUGAGCUCGACUCAACCUCAAGUAAUUGAAGUUGUCGGCGAAGAUGAACAAAUCGAUCUAUCGAACAAAUUCGUAAAUAAUGUUCACUGCAAUACUGAUAACGAUGAGCAAAAGUGUUUUGAUCAAACUAUUGCCAAUAAUCUGCCUAAUCGUGCCUCAACAAUCUCACAAGAUGGUGACAAUGCAAAAGAGAAGAAUGCUCCGAAAAGGAAACUCACUUAUCACGGAGCGGAAACAGACUGGCCUCAAGUGCGAUUAAUAUCAUCGAUUCUGUUUCUUGGAUGCAUUCAGAUGUUUGUUAUUGGCAUGUCUGAAUGGCCGUACAUGCAACAGGUUGAUAAACAAGCGACAUCGACAUUUUUCGGUUACGUCGGAUCAGUAUCAGCACUUGGACACGCCAUCUGUGCUCCAUUAAUGGGAUAUUGGAGUUCUGCAACCGGACAGACCAAGUACGCUAACAGCUAG